GAGCCGCCGGCCGCUCAUUGUGCCGCAGCCGGCAGACCUGCCGCCGACAUGGAGCCCUCGCUCCCGCCGAUCACGCGGGCCAGCACCACAGGCUCACAGGCCCGCUCGGUGACCUUCGAGCUGUCCAAGGUGGAGGAGCUGCUCGUGUGCUGUGAGGACAACCGAGGCCCGAGUUUUGUCGAAAGGCAGAGCGAAUUCGACAGCGAGCGCUUGUCGUGCCCGAAUCCAGACAACAAAGAUGACCACGCCUGGUACCGCUCUCGCUAUUGGAGCGGCGCGGCGGCUAUCGCCGUGCUCCUCGUGGCUGCCGGCUCGAGUGCUUGCAUCGCCUAUUCUGUGGGAAGGCGCCAUGGUGCAGCUGGCUGUGAGAGCAGCAUUGCGAAAUGAGCGUGCGGCAGUAUGGCUCGAAGCAAGCACAUCUUUGAGGCCGAUGAGGGACUCUUCCUUCUGUCAGACGUGAUCCACGUGUUUGAUUCUCGUUUGCGCGUUGAAAUCGCUCAGUCGCGCGGGAGCCGCCGCGGUGUGAGCUCUAUUGUAUCUGUGGCGUCUUUCGUUAUUGUGUCGGUAGUUGACCAGUGUACAUUUAUCUCGAACGC